UACUGUGUUUUGUGUCUCUGAUUUCGAUUUGUUUUUAUUUGUUUUCACAUCUUAUUUAGAAAUUAAAUUAUUGAAAUCAUUUUAUUAACAAUUUAACACUAUGAAUUAAAAAUGGCAGCAGCCUUUCAACAACAAAUAUUUGCUUUAGACGCUCGCUUCAAUGCUUACAGGGCUCCGAAUAACCCCAACUUCAAAACCUUGUACAUACGAAGACGCAGUCAAUUGCUGAGAGAGAAUGCUAAAUUCAAAGACAUAGAGACCAUAAAGAAGUACCUCCACAUCCGGAGCCAGCUGCUGCAGCGCCGGUAUGGUGUCCAAGACAACAUAUCAAUCAGCUCGGCUUCCUCACGCCAAAGAUCUAGCAGCAAGGCAAGUCUGGCUCUUGAUGACUUCCCUCAGAGCUCCAACAACAAGAAGAAAAAUGAAAUGUCAAUAUCAGAGAACUAUGCAUUCACUGGGGUACACCAUAUUUUUGACCAGCACUCUGAGCAAGUGAGCGUAGUGAAGUUUGCCAACAACGACCGUUCUAAAUUAGCUUGUGCGUCACACGACGGCUCCGUGUCCAUCUGCGACGUGACGGCGACCCCGCCGCGCGUCAGCUUCGUGCUGGAGGGACACACGCAGCCCGUCACAGGUUGCGACUGGUCGGCGUCGAACGAGCUGGUGGUGUCGGUGGGGCUGGACGGGCUGCUGGUGGUGUGGGACGUGGCGCGGCGCGCGCGGCUGCGCGCCGUGCAGGACCAGCUGCGCGCGCCGCUGCUGGCCGUCGCCUUCCAGCCCGCCAACAACAACAUGGUCAUUGCAGGAAACGCAAAGGGGAUGGUGGAAGUGUUGAACGUGUCCACAGGAAUAUACCCGAGAGGCGGGAGCAGCAUUCUGGGCGGACGAGUUCUUUCUAUAGCCUGCGAAUCGAGCGGACGAAUGUUUUGGGCUGCUAACGACAAGGGCGUGAUAGUGAGCUACCGGCUGGAGGGCCUUGGCGGCGCGCUGAGCAAGCUGCGGCGCUGCUGCGUGGACGGCGCCGUCACCUGCCUCAGCUGGAGCCCCUGGCUGGCGCGCCACCCCGCGCUGCUCGCCAGCGUCGCCACCGACACGCUCUACCUCUUCAGGAUCGCGGAUCGCGACGGCACCCUGGCCCUGAAGAAGCGGUUCUCCACCAUGCACCGCGAGCACAGCGUCAAGUCCACGUUCUGCCCCAUCAUGUCGUUCCGGCGCGGCGUGUGCGUGGUGACGGGCGGCGAGGACGCCACCGUAUACUUCCUGGACAUCGAGGGCACUUCCAAUCAGCCUGUAGUUAAUAAGCUGCAAGGGCACGCGUCGCCGGUGCUUGGCGUGAGCUUCAGCUACGACGAGAGCCUGCUGGCCACCAGCGACGCCUCCGGCCUCGUCAUCAUCUGGCGGCGACCCUGACUUCACACCCACAGUGCCCAUGGCAACAACACUGGACCACCACGUGCAACAACUGAGGGUCUAGCCUAGAUGAUUAAAGUUAGACCAAGAAGUCUGCAAAGGUUUUGAUAGCAUACGCAGUGCAAGUGUUAUUUACACAUUAUAUGGAUAAAAUUACUUCUAUGCAGAAGUUUGACGUUUAGAAUAACACUUGCACUGCGUGUGCUAUCAAAAUCUUUGCAGACUUUUCUUGGUCUUACUCUUUUUUAUCGAAAAACGCCAAUCGAAAGUUAAAACUGGAUGACAGUUGCAUUGAAAAGUAAUGUGAUCAUUUCCAUACAGUACUUAAGUUUGGUUUACUAUUGUCACUUGGCCCCCUGACAUUUGGAAACUCAUUCAAUUGUUCACUUUAUUCUCGUGCAAUAAAGUUCAAACUCGUACUUUUAAACAUAUUUUUCAAUGUCACCUAUGGUUGUUGUGAACUAUUUAGUUCUUUGUAAAUCGCGCAGCAGGGAAAAGAGGGGAAUUGCUAGGUAAGCAGACAAAGCCUUUGCUUGACUAGUCAGCAAUCUCUUGCCUUAAGACGGCCAACUGUAGGCAUUAUGUUUAACCUUUUCGACGCCGUGUCAAACACAAAAGCUUUCACGCGGACGCCACGUCAGCGGAGUGUUAAAACUGAAAUUGAACUUUAUGCAUAUGCACGUAGGUCUAUGUUGCUCUGUGACCGAUUAAUCAGUCUUUGCCGUUGAACCUGCGGUGCGGAUAUAUCGGCCAUUGGCGUCAAAAAGAUUAAUGUUCUAAAAGACCGCAAUGAAUAAUGUAUAACAGAAGUCAUUAAUUGGAAUACUAGCUAAAUAUUUUCUUAACACUUAUGAUUACUUAGAAGACUAUAUUUAUUUAACAUUCCUGAAUUACUAGAAAUUGAAUCUCAAAAAUGUAUUAACUAGGUUGACAUUAUUUCAUGUAGUUAUGUAAGAGAAGUUAUAUUAUAUGUUUAUAUGUAUUGUUUAUUUUUUUUAAAUAAAAGGCAUAUAUUGA